CCCGGAAGUGAUUUAUAUUUGUGGUUGUGAGCGAGCGGCAGGUUUUCCUCUCAUUCACUUAGAAAAGACUUCUAAUUUUGCGAUAAAUAAGGUUACUACAAGGGAACGUACGGAACAUAAAAGAAAUGUUUUACCAUAUUUCUUUGGAGCAUGAAAUCUUGCUCCAUCCAAGAUACUUUGGCCCUAAUCUCCUCAACACUGUGAAACAGAAACUUUUCACAGAAGUGGAGGGAACCUGCACUGGCAAGUAUGGCUUUGUGAUUGCAGUCACCACCAUUGACAACAUCGGUGCAGGUGUCAUCCAGCCAGGAAGAGGGUUUGUCCUCUAUCCAGUGAAGUACAAGGCCAUUGUGUUCCGCCCAUUUAAAGGGGAGGUAGUGGAUGCUGUAGUUACUCAGGUUAACAAGGUUGGGUUGUUCACAGAGAUCGGUCCCAUGUCAUGCUUCAUCUCUCGCCAUUCCAUCCCCUCAGAAAUGGAGUUUGACCCCAAUUCGAAUCCUCCUUGUUACAAGACAGUCGAUGAGGAUAUCGUAAUCCAGCAAGACGAUGAAAUUCGGUUAAAGAUUGUUGGGACAAGAGUGGACAAGAAUGACAUUUUCGCCAUUGGAUCCCUCAUGGAUGAUUAUCUGGGUCUUGUGAGCUGAUUUGCCACAGAAGGAGAACAUUUCACAUGGAACAUUUUAUUUACUCACCAAGUUUAAUCUUUGUUUAAAUUGUG